AUGGAGGAGCCAGGCGGGACGAGAUGGGAGGCUGCUUUCCUGGCCCUGCUGCUCUGGGCCUCUGGCUCCUCUCCAGGGGGGGCCGCCUUCUUGGGCACUGGCUUCGACUACAAAGCUGCUCGUGUGCUGACAGAUGAGGAGUCCAGCCCCAAAUGUUUCUCGCAGAACCUGGAGGACCUGGCCUGCUUAUGGGAGAUGCCCCAACCCCCAGGGGGGGAGGGGCAGAACAGGACCGUCUACUCCUUCCUCUACAAAUUCGAGGAUGAGACCACACUGAAGUCCUGCGACCUGAGAGUGGAGACCACGGCCUGGAAUACGACCCGCUACACUUGCCUCUUCCAAAGGGGGCACAUUGCGGCCUUCUCGCCCAUUGAGGUCCACGUCUUGGAGGGGCAGCAGGCCUCCAACACCUCCCUCUUCUCCAGGAAAGUCCUGCUGAACCAAGUCGUCUUCCUGGACCCCCCCUCUAACCUGAGCGUGCGGCUGAUGGAUGCCCCCGGGCAGCUCAACGUCAGCUGGCAGGGCCCCCCCCUGCCCUUCCUGGGCAGCAGUAUCAUCUAUGAGGUGAAGAUCUCUCCCGAGGGCUCCUCAGCCCAGGUGCUGGAGGUCGGCAACGGGCGUACCUCCUGCCUCCUCACAAGCCUGAAGGGCCAAAGCCGCUACUCCCUGGCUGUGAGGGCCAAGCCAGACGGAGUCAGCUUCAACGGCUACUGGAGCGCCUGGUCCCAGGCCGUGGCCGUCACCACCAGCAGCACUGUGGACCCCCUCAUCCUGGCCCUCUCUGUCAUCCUGGUGCUGAUCACCCUCCUUUUGGCCUUCAUCGCCCUGAUGUCUCACCGCAGGUUUCUGAAGAGGAAGAUCUGGCCUGCCAUCCCCACCCCAGAACACGAGUUCAGGGACCUUUUCACCAUCUACAAGGGGAACUUCCAGCUGUGGCUGGGCCACCAGAGCGUCUACCUGUGGUGCAGCCAGAGCCCCCCCCUGCUGGAGGAGCAGCCCUUCCUGCUGGAGAUCCUCUCGAAGUGCGGCCCUCCUCCUCCUCCCCCUCUCCCUCCCAAGGCCCGGGGCUCAGCGGAGCUCCCCACUUCCCGGGAGGCAUCUCAGGAUGACGAGUACCUGGUCCUGGACGAAGACGUGCUGCCCUGCGGCCCUGAGGCGGGUGACUCUCUGCUUUCCGAGGAUGGAGCCACGAGUGAGAGCAGCAGGGGCGUGGCGGUGGGGACCCAGGAGGCCAGCCAGGCCUCCUCCAGCUUCGAGUACACGGUGCUUGACCCCAGCUCCGAGAGCCUCGCCCCGUGGGAGUGCCCGGCAGAGCCCCGGCUGAAGAGCACCUACCAGAUGGUGUCCGACUCUGGGAUCUCUGCCGACUACAGCCCCGUGGGCUCCAAUGUCGGCCAGGCCGGCUUGUACACCAACCUCUGCGAAGGAGGAAUCCAGCCGCCCCCCUUCCUGCCCACCUACAUCGUGUGCACGUAGCCGG